UAGUAUAACCUAGAAAUCACGAAGGUAUUUAGUCGCUUAACGAUAAGCUACAAUGUUUAUCGUGACGAAAGAAAUCGACAGUGAAAAUAUCAGUAAAUUAUGCCGUACAUGUUUAAGAGAGGAUGGCGAUAAAAUGGUUUGCUUAUUCGUGGGACCAGCUGGUUCCUCUCUUGCUGCCAAGUUGCGGUCUCUGUCGUGUCUAGAAGUUUGGCAAGGCGAUGGUCUACCAGAGAAAAUGUGUGACCGCUGUGUAACCAGAGCAGAAUCUGCUCUUCUGUACAGGGAACAAUGUCGUGCAGCGGAUAGAGCACUGAGGCAAGCUGCUUUAAAGGUCUCUGGUCUAACAUCGUAUGCCACAGUAUCCGGAUGUAAAUUGUAUCAACAGAACCAAGGAUUUGUUCCACUUCAGAAUUCGCAUAAAACAUUAAAGUGUAUAGAAUGCGGUGCUGUAUUUAUGAGCUAUCAGGAACUGUGUGCUCACAGCCGAUUACAUUUACCAUACAUACAAGACAACAUACCUGUGCAACACAUGCACAUAGUCGAAUCUCAGAAUCCGUAUAUUAACUUCAAUUUUAGCCACUUAAGCUCUAAUCUGACCACAGAAGGUGUUCAAAAUACACAAUUGUCUCCUUUGAUUAGACCAAACAUGAUGCAAAUGAUUCCUAUAAAUGGGGAAAAUCCUAGCCGAGCAGCUUGUGCUUUGCACUGUUCUUUGUGCAAUCACACAUUUACCAAUAGGACCCAAUUGAUGAGUCACAAUAUCGCCCAUAGUACGGAAAACAUAGACAUAUCUUGCGACAAUGAAAAUAUAGAUAUCUGCGAGAAUUCCAAUCAGAUUCCUCAGAAUUUAAGCUACGAAAGAUCUAUUAAUUCUGUCGAUAAUUCUAUUCAAAAUUUAUCGUAUCAGAGAUCCACGACAAACGAUAACAACGAAAUACAGAAUUUGAGCUUCUCCGUAAAUAUAGAUCUGGAGGAAGUACAAAGCGGCAGUCCUCAACGUAUGCAAAAUACGACGAUGCAUCCCGAAAGCGACAUACUCGAUGCUCGCGGGUUAAGGUUUACGAAAGAUCUCGAGCGUACGGAUAGCAGAGAGGAAAUCGACAGAUAUCAGUUGUGUCCACCGAAUCUCGAUUACAAGGAACAAAUCGAAGAAGAAAAUCCGGGAAGCGUGCAAUCGAAAAAGUACAAGUGCGAGGUAUGCUCUAAAUUGUUCUCCCAAAGAUCGAAAUUAUUGACGCACCAAUUGUCGCAUUCCGGCCAACAACCGUUUAAAUGCCAGAAUUGCGAGAAAGCGUACUCGUCUAAAAGUAAGCUGAACGCUCACAUGCGAUUGCACACGAAAACCAACGUGCAUCGAUGCAAAGUCUGCGAUAAAAUAUUCGCGUACCCGUCGUACCUGCGUGAACACAUGAAAACCCACAAACGGGAUACCAACGACGCGGGAAACGAGGGGAGCAAAAGUUUCGAAUGCGUUAACUGUAAAAAAAGAUUUCGUUUGCUGAAAAACCUGAAAGCUCACGAAAGACUUCAUACCGGGAAAGGAUUGGUACAGUGCGAGAUAUGCGAUAAAAGAUUCAGCCAAACGUACAACCUAAAAAUUCAUUUGCGAACGCACAAGGGCACGAGGCUGCACAAGUGCGAAUAUUGCAACAAAUGUUUCGUUCAGAAAGGCAACCUCGUGGAACAUUUGAGGAUCCACACCAAAGUGAAACCCUUCGAAUGUAAAACGUGCGGGAAGCGUUUCUCGCAGUCUAGUCAUUUAAAGAAUCACGAAGCAUCGCACGCGUCUCUCAGGCAACAUCAGUGCCGAUUGUGUGGGAAGCGGUUCAAAUUAGCGAAUCAUUUAAAGAGACAUUUAACUUUGCAUACCGGCGCCAAGGCGUACAAGUGCCAUCAGUGCGAUCAGCUGUUCUCGCAAGCGUUUAGUUUAACGAGGCAUUUGAAGAGGCACGAGUCGCAUAUGUAGUUCUCGUGAGUUUUAUAU